AUGGCUGUAGAAAGCGGAGCCAUCGCCGAGGCGCAAGGCGCCAGCACCGCGGACCAUCGCGCACUCGUCACAAAUCUUAUCAAACGUGAGCCGGACUCUGAACCGGACAGUCCCAUCUUCAAGAGGAGUCCAGGCACCACUCCUUCGUCGCUCGGCUCGAGUCCAGCCGUCGAUGAGGGCCGGGCCUUGAACAGCCUCUCCUCGGCGGUAAAGCUGUCCGCGCCGGCAAAGUUUCGGGGCCAACACCCCCCGGCUGUCUGGGAAUCGCUCAAACCUGAGAUACAUCGUCUGUAUAUCGACGAUGAGUUGCCUCUCAAGGAGGUCCGAGAGAUCAUGAUGCACAAGGGCUUUGUGGCGACUGAGAAGAUGUACAAGGACAAGUUUGCUAAAUGGGGUUAUACCAAGAACAACCGCAGGAAAGACGUGGCCAAGAUGGUCCAGCUGGAGAAGCAGCGCAAGGCAUUUGGCAAGAAGACCAUGUUCCAGCGCAAUGGCAAGGUCGUCGACAUCGAUACCUACAUCAAGAGGGCCAAACUAUCUUCCAGCGAGCUUGAGAGUUUGAACGCUGCAGAGGAACUUCCGGUAAUCGUAAGAGUGCGCACCCCGCCGCCAACGCGGCCGAUACCCAGCAAUCUGCGUCCCCCGGGCUUUCUUGACCUCCAACAACUACUGGUGAAAUCCUUCGGGGACCUCUCAGCACGCUCCGAGUCGGUGCUGGGCAGCAAGUCGGCGUUGGAAGUCUAUGCCAACUACCCGCGGACCGACUUCUAUCAAACCGUCAGGCACCUCCGUGAUGCGUCGUGGCUUUUUGAAGAGGGGUGUAAUGCCGAGGCUGGUAUAUUCAUGCGCAGGGCCUUUAACAACAUCCACAAAAUCAUCGAGAACCCGGACCCAUGGGCGUUGUGCGAUCUACUCAUGUAUCAAAUGGCCUUCACCCAUUAUGGCCAUCAACGGCUGAUCUGGAAGUACCUGUCCGAGUAUUCAGCCGUGGUGCGCGGUCCUGUGCCUUGGUUGAGCGGCGUGCUUCAGGCCCUACGGGAGUUUUUCGACGCUAAUCCGAUCGAGAUGUGCAUGGAGUUUUUGGCGGAGCUGAUGGGGAUGAUAUACCCAUCGAUGGUGUUGGUGGAUCUUUCGAAAAAGAGCCUCAUAUCAUUCCUCCAGGGGUAUAUAAACAGCGUCUCGCGCUUUCGGUCUUACCCAAACCCGGCGGUGGAAAGAUUUGCACACGCGAUCGAGGCGCCGGCGCUCCCGUUGAUCAAGCAAGAGCUGGAACCAGACCACCCUCUACUUCGAAUUCACGCCCUAUACACUUUAGGGGAGCAGUCCGACUGGCACGACGAGCGGGUUCUUGAUCUUGCCACCGACCUUCACAGGACUGAGACGGAUGUGAACUCCCGGAGGCUCUGCCUGCGCGCGCUCGCCUAUUAUCAUAUGAGCCAGUGGAAAGAUCAGCCGACAAAGGAGAAUCCACGGCACGGGUACGCAAGGCAAUAUUUAAGACAGGCAAUCGACCUUGCGCCGUAUUCGACAUUUGGAGGCCUAGCUCGAGGGUCUCAGCGUGAGGUGUGGGGUGAUAUGAAAUUUCUAGAGCAAUGGUACCGGGAAGGUGGCGAUAUGGAAUCGGCAGCGGAACUAGAGACAAGGCGACAAGAGGGCUUGAGCGAGUUUGUAAACUCGAUCCAGACCUCACCGACCUGA